AUCGACCUCUAAACCAUCUGCUUUCGUCGUGUGUGUGUGGCGGCGUGUUUUUUUUUGAGCGUUUUGGAAUUUGGUUGUUUAUUGUUCAUUUUGUUUUUGUAUUAACAUUUUAGUUUUACAAUUUUCAGGGAUGAGGUGGAAAGAUGAAUAUUGAACAAUAGCGUUAAGACUAUCACGGCCGCACAGGCGGAUUCGCAAAGGCUGGAUAGAAAAGUAGACGAAUUGGACUCGUCAGUAAAAGCGCUACAGCAACAACUACGGCAGUUGAUGCCGAACAAGGUGGCUGCGGCUGCGGCAGGCACAAGCGCGGCGGGCCGGCGAGGAGAUGACGGGAUACGGAUACCUCAAGAUCAAGUACAUCCAAGUGACGAGAGUCCCAUAGAGACGAGGCUGCGACAGUUGGCACAAGAAGCACAAUCGCUAGUUUCACCGCCUUCAUCACCACGAGGACAGAAAAAUCAGCUGGGCGACCACCUCGAUUCUUCUUCUAGUUCUCGACCAGUGGAAGUCAACAUCGUUCCGGAAGGGCAUGCGUCUCAGCCGCCUGCGUUUUUGGAUCGGUGGACACACGACGGCUUACCGGAAAGGGUAAAUGUUUGGAUCGAAUCGGAUCGUAGUGUUGUACGGAACUACCAAAUCAAGAUCGAAGUGCCAAGUAGAAGCUCAAAGGCAGCGCAAGACAGCGAACAAGCAGUGUGGUCUUUCACGGAACAACUCGAGCUUCUCAAAGAUCAGCCGGUCUUGGAGAAAUUGUGCCGCUAUGAAUACGUCGACAACAGAUACGGUACAACAAGCUCGAAAUUUGGGGUAGCCAAGCAAGAGUUUGAGAAACAGAUUCAGGAAGGUGACGGGAGUAGUUUGCUUUCUCGCCGCGUCAGAAUUUCAGCGGUCAGUGCAGAUAUUUAUGGCGGAAUCUCGUAUGGUGCCUUCGAUGACGCUGUGGUGGAAAUGCUCGCGACAGCAUUUCAUGGAAAGAGCUCUGCAUUUUUUGUUGACCUCAAAGUACAGUGUCAAGCUGCUCAGUCGGAUAACGAUUCCUCGUCGUCGUCACCUGUCUUCACAGAUUACAGCAUGAUCUCUGUCAAUCUUCAGAAGGUGGAAGUUGAUGAAUAUGGUAUUCCGAAGACUCUCCCAUGAUCCGAAGAUACCGGUUCAAUUUUUCGAUAUUAGAUUGUGAAACACAGUGUCCAAGUCCAUGGCGAUCUCACUUGUAAGACCAGUGACGAACACGUUCGAAGAUUUUACAACUUUUCCAGUGUAUCUCUGUUCUGCUAUUUUUCAAACGAAAAGACGAGCGCGAU